AUGAGUGUGGAGGCGUACGGGCCGAGCUCCCAGACCCUCACCUUCCUGGACACCGAAGAAGCGGAGCUGCUCGGAGCGGACACCCAGGGCUCCGAGUACGACUUCACCGACUUCACUCUCCCGAGCCAGACGCAAACGCAAGGCCAGACCCAGAGCCAGUUGGACGGACAGAUAAAUGGUCCUGAUGAGGGUCUCCACAAUGGAGGGAUGGAUGACUCUGUGGCCAAAUCCACUCAGUUGUUGGGUGAGCUCAACUUUGAGGAGGAUGAAGAAGACACGUACUACACCAAAGAUCUUCCGAUACACGCAUGCAGCUACUGUGGUAUCCAUGACCCAGCGUGUGUGGUGUACUGCAACACCAGCAAGAAGUGGUUCUGUAAUGGCCGUGGGAACACAUCUGGCAGCCACAUUGUGAACCACAUGGUGAGGGCCAAAUGUAAAGAAGUGACGCUGCACAAAGAUGGGCCGCUGGGCGAGACUGUGCUGGAAUGCUACAACUGCGGCUGUCGCAACGUCUUCCUGCUGGGCUUCAUCCCAGCUAAAGCCGACUCUGUGGUGGUGCUUCUGUGCAGGCAGCCCUGCGCGAGCCAGAGCAGCUUGAAAGACAUCAACUGGGACAGCUCACAGUGGCAGCCGCUGAUCCAGGACCGCUGUUUCCUGUCCUGGCUGGUGAAGAUCCCAUCAGAGCAGGAGCAGCUGCGAGCCCGUCAGAUCACUGCCCAGCAGAUCAAUAAGCUGGAGGAGCUCUGGAAGGACAAUCCUGGUGCUACUUUGGAGGACUUGGAGAAACCUGGAGUGGAUGAAGAACCCCAGCAUGUGCUGCUACGCUAUGAAGACGCCUACCAGUACCAGAACAUCUUCGGCCCUUUGGUCAAACUGGAGGCCGACUAUGACAAAAAGCUUAAAGAGUCUCAGACUCAAGACAAUAUAACCGUCAGGUGGGACCUGGGGUUAAACAAAAAGCGGAUUGCUUAUUUCACGCUUCCCAAGACGGAUUCAGGUGAUAUGCGGCUGAUGCAGGGUGACGAGAUCUGCCUGCGGUACAAAGGAGACCUGGCUCCUAUGUGGAAGGGCAUCGGUCACGUCAUCAAAGUCCCCGACAACUACGGGGAUGAAAUUGCCAUCGAGUUGCGCAGCAGCGUCGGAGCGCCUGUGGAAAUUCCUCAUAACUUCCAGGUGGACUUUGUUUGGAAAUCAACUUCCUUUGACAGGAUGCAAAGCGCCCUGAAGACAUUUGCCGUUGACGAGACCUCCGUGUCCGGCUACAUUUACCACAAACUCCUGGGCCACGAGGUCGAAGAUGUCACCAUCAAGUGCCAGCUGCCAAAGCGCUUCACUGCCCCGGGCCUGCCAGACCUCAACCACUCACAGGUUUACGCUGUAAAGACGGUGCUGCAGAGGCCGCUCAGUCUCAUCCAGGGGCCGCCCGGCACCGGCAAGACCGUCACCUCGGCCACCAUCGUCUACCACCUGUCUCGACAGGGCAAUGGACCCGUUCUGGUGUGCGCUCCCAGUAACAUCGCCGUGGAUCAGCUGACGGAGAAGAUCGACAAGACCGGCCUGAAGGUGGUCAGGCUGUGCGCCAAGAGCCGGGAGGCCAUCGAGUCCCCCGUCUCGUUCCUGGCCCUCCACAACCAGAUCAGUAACAUGGACAGCAUGCCGGAGCUUCAGAAGCUGCAGCAGCUGAAGGAUGAAACUGGAGAGCUGUCGUCUGCUGACGAGAAACGUUACCGGGCUCUGAAGCGCACCGCUGAGAGGGAGCUGCUCAUGAACGCUGAUGUGAUUUGCUGCACCUGCGUUGGAGCUGGAGAUCCCCGUCUGGCCAAGAUGCAGUUCCGCUCCAUCCUGAUCGACGAGAGCACCCAGGCCACCGAGCCGGAGUGCAUGGUGCCCGUGGUGCUGGGAGCCAAGCAGCUGAUUCUCGUGGGCGACCACUGCCAGCUGGGCCCGGUGGUGAUGUGCAAGAAGGCCGCCAAGGCAGGCCUGUCUCAGUCUCUGUUUGAGCGACUGGUGGUGCUGGGAAUCCGGCCAAUCCGCCUGCAGGUCCAGUACCGCAUGCACCCAGCUCUCAGUGCCUUCCCAUCAAACAUCUUCUACGAGGGCUCCCUGCAGAACGGCGUCACAGCAGCUGAUCGCAUCAAGAAGGGUUUUGACUUCCAGUGGCCUCAGCCGGACAAGCCCAUGUUCUUCUACGUGACUCAGGGUCAGGAGGAAAUCGCCAGUUCUGGAACAUCAUAUCUGAACAGGACUGAGGCGGCAAACGUGGAGAAAAUCACCACAAGGUUGCUGAAGGCUGGAGCUAAACCCGACCAGAUCGGCAUCAUCACGCCGUACGAGGGGCAGCGCUCCUACCUGGUCCAGUACAUGCAGUUCAGUGGCUCCCUUCACACCAAGCUGUACCAGCAAGUGGAAAUUGCCAGUGUGGACGCCUUCCAGGGCAGAGAGAAGGACUUUAUCAUCCUUUCUUGUGUUCGAGCCAAUGAGCAUCAGGGCAUCGGCUUCCUGAAUGACCCGCGUCGCCUCAACGUGGCGCUGACCAGAGCAAAGUACGGUGUGAUCAUUGUGGGGAAUCCCAAAGCGCUCUCCAAGCAGCCGCUGUGGAACAACCUGCUGAACUACUACAAGGAGCAGAAGGUCCUGGUGGAAGGACCCCUCAACAACCUCCGAGAGAGCCUCAUGCAGUUCAGCAAGCCUCGCAAACUGGUCAACACCAUCAACCCUGGUGGACGUUUCAUGAGCACGGCCAUGUACGACGCCCGCGAGGCGCUCAUCCCAGGCUCCGCCUACGACCGCAGCAGCACUGCUGGACGUCCGUCCAACAUGUACUUUCAAACGCAUGAUCAGAUCGGGAUGAUCGGCGCCGGGCCGGGUCAGAUGGCUGCGAUGAAUAUCCCUAUACCCUUCAACCUGGUGAUGCCUCCGAUGCCUCCGCCCAGCUAUCUGGGUCAGACCAAUGGUCCUGCAGCAGGCCGCGGUGCUAUGAAGGGUAAGCCUGGCCGUGGCGGUAGACAGCGGGUCCGCGGUUCGGGUCACCAGGGCACCAGUCAGGGUAACGGACCCAACAGCCAGGCCAGCCAGGACGGGGCCUCCCAGUCUUUCUCCCAGGGGCCGCUGACUCAGGGUUACAUCUCUAUGAGCCAGCCGUCUCAGAUGAGCCAGCCUGGCCUCUCCCAGCCAGAGUUGUCCCAGGAUAGCUACCUGGGCGAUGAAUUCAAGUCCCAGAUCGACGUGGCUCUGUCCCAGGACUCCACUUACCAGGGUGAACGCGCGUACCAGCAUGGCGGGGUGACCGGACUGUCACAGUACUAAAGUGUUGCCUGAAGAAGGGAGCUAGGCUUGAGCUGAGCUUAGUUCAUCAGCUUUUUAAUCUGGGAAAUAAUACAAACAUAAAAUGGAUACCUGUUUUCCUCUGCUACAUCCGAAGCACCACCAAGUGAAAGCGACGGGAUAGCGAAACCAAACCGAUGACCAGCGAGAGAAAUGGAAGGGGUAGAAGAAGAGCGCACUAACAGACGGGCAAGCGAGAGACGGGAGGAGGCCGCGUGGACAAGCGAGACGGCAGGAAGCGACGCCCGUGCUGAGUGAGGGAGAGGAAGGUCGAAGGAUCUGGCGGCAUCUGGUCGGGCUGCUGAGGGAAACAGACGAGAGGCCUCUGGUCUCUCCCGAGAAUCCAAAAGAGGUUCAGCUCCCCCAACUCCAAAUCCACCUUUUUUACACCCGCGACUUCUGGGAAAGCUCCAGGAUUAAGCCAAUCAGUGGAAUUUUGAAGAACUCUAAAUUUGGACAGAAACGGUGUCAGAAAGCUUCUCGAACCAGCAGCACAAAGAAAAAAAAAAAUAACCCCCCACCCCCACGACGCCGGAGGCCGGUCGCCCGUCAACCCGCCUCUGCGUCCCUGAGAAUUACGCAAAAAAAACGAAUUCGGCUCACCGUGGGCGGCCCCGCUCCACCGGGGGGCCCCGAGCGCCUCGGCAGCCUCUGAAGGAAGCAGCAGCCGACACGCCCUCUCAGAGAGGACGUAGGAACGCUGGUUUCUGUGCUCAAAAAGUCCGACGUUGGAAAAAAAAAAAAAACCUUGAUUUGCCUUGAGAGCCGCCGGCUCGUUCAGCGGCUCUUCGGUGAGGAGGUUUCGAACCGCGCGUCAGCAGCGGACACACGGACAACGCCGACUUCAGACCGGCCUUUCCAGGCAUGAGACGCCAAUCCCGCCGAUGUCGUGAUCGUCACGGGACAGUUUUUCUUCUCUGAAUACCUUUCUUACCACAGAGCACAAAAUUGCAAAAAAAAAACAACAACAAACCAAGUCAGUGAAACUAUCAAACACGACCAGCAGUGAAUAUUUGGCUCGGUGUCAUUUGAUGUUUCAUUUGAGGCUUUUUCCUACGGUAAUCUCAAGGCAGCAGGGGGUUGUUGGCGUCUUUGCUGUGCUUCAUGACCAGAUUUUUUCUUUUUUUUCUUUUUUUUUUUUAAACUGUACUUGCUUAGAUGGGAAAAAAUGCUUAAAUGCUUUGUGCUGAGGGAUUUCUCAGGGUAUAGUGGGCUUUUUUUUUUUUCUUUUCCACACCCAGCAAACGGAUCCCUGCUUGAGUUGGGAGAGACAUGAGAGCGGAGGGACAUGAAGGAUGAAUCUAGAAGGACGCCCACCGGCUGUCGGGGCAAUCAAUCCACCGAGAGGUAGAAAAGGAAGGUGGCUGAGGGAGGAAAUGAAACUAGUUCGGUUCAUUGCCACAGUUGGAGAAAAAAAAAUAUAUAUAAAAGAAAAGACGUGGCUUUCUUUGGACUAAAGAUCUGAAAUGCUGUAUUUGUAAAACCACUUUUAUUUUGCUUUUACAUGAAGAACAGCCACACCAAACAACCGUGUAGUUGUAAUUGGGUAUGAGAUUAAACCCUAUAAUUUAUAAAUAAAUAUGAAAAACCCUAAAGGAACGUUGUGGUCCACAUGUGGAUUUAGACAAAAAAGGAAAAAAAAAAUACCAGGAUUGCCAUCAGCACUGAUCAGAUGAUGGCGAGAUGAUAAAAUAAUGAAACAAAAUGAUUUAGAGGAACAAAAAUCAGUGCCUAAAACCAUCCAACCUUCAGAGGAACAGCUGCAGCACAGAUAUGAAUGUAGUCAAGAGUCAAAACUACCAGCAUUUUACAACCUGUUGAGGCAAAGGAGGCCAGAAACCCACAGAAAGGAGUUUUCCAGUAAACUUAGAGCGAGCCACGAUAAAUCGGCGAGGUUAAUGUUGGAUGAGACUAAAAGCCACCUUCCUUCUCUGUGGAGUAAAAAAAAAAAAACA